CUCCAAAUAAGAACCAGUUCAGGUCAACCGCAAAAGCACACUUGCUUAACGACUAGAAUGUAUACAUAAAUGUUACCUCAGUAGCAAAAUUUUAAAAUUCUUUUCAAUAAUACUUCAAAAACAGAAAAUUUAAUUUAAUUCGAAAAUCUAAAGUUUAUUUCAGUAUCCCUUUAAAAACACACAGAAAAACAAACCCAAAAAUACAAAAUUAUUUCUCUGAUACCGCGAAAUUCCAAAUUCCAACGCUAUUCCAAUUUUCGACAAGCAGCUCUUACAAAAAACAACAACUAUAUAAAUUUUGCAGAAGUUUUAGAAACGAAGAGAAAUGACGCUCUUUCGUGCAUUUGGCAAUCAGCUUUUGCAAAGCCUCAAAACGCCAGCCUACUCCGCAUGUCUGCCGCGUACAAUGGCCAGCCAAAAAAAACAUCCAGGCUAUCGUUCACAGUGCGCAACUGACGAUCCAAAAUGUGGCGAGAAGAAGCUCGAAGCAAAGAAAGACAGCGGCGAAUGCGAUAAGAAAGAAAAGAAAAAGACGUCCAUGUGGUUAAACCCGGAGUGUUGUCUGGACAUAUGUCCAGAUGUCUUGCCGCGUUUCGAUGAUCUUUACUAUAAAGCCUCCGACAAGGCCAAACGCAAAUACACGCGCACCUGGAACGAAUGUCCAGAUAUAAAAAUAGCACCGCGAAAGAUUUGCUGUUUUGAUAAUAUCUCCUUGCCACCAUUAGAACGACGCAGAAAACGUAGUGAUCAGCAAAAAACGGCAUGUCCCGUUCCGACUGCUGAGCAAAAAGCCAGCUGCUCGAUAAAAUCGAAUAAGCGCUGUAUUAAAAUUCGUUUACCCGGCUGCGGUGCUGUACGUGAACCACCGAAAUGUUUCGUCAUCAAACACUCAGCUAAAUGCCGUAAGAUUUGCACACCAUAUCCAGCAUAUUCAGAAUGUUCGCGACCUAAACCGAAACCGCGUCCGCCAAUCGAAUGCAAUUGCUUGGUCGUGGGUCCACUCUGUGGGCUACAUUAGUCGCGAGUAUGUGCAAAAUAGUCACGGUGUUGCCAGUGUGUAAGGCUACGUUUUAUGAAGCUGACUAUAUGUUGGUGUAUUGCAUAACUUCAUUCAAAGUUUCAGCUUUCAGUUUCGUGCUUGAAGCUGGUCAUGAUAUUGAAAGCUGAAAUUAUUGAAAAAGCUUAUUUAGUUGAAAAAAAAGCGAAAAGCUUUUAUAAUAAAUAUUGUUGAAAACAAGACUAGCCAUUCCUUGCAUUC